AUGCCUUCUGCUCAAGUAGCUGUCAUUACAGAGAAUACUGUCGAUGUCAAAUCACCGUCUCAAAGUUCGGAAAAACAGCAGGUCAUAGAGAUGCGCGAUGGUGACACUUUGCAAGUUCAAAUGUCUGUUGAUGGUGCUCAAAUCAUAUCCGCGUUAUCACCACGUAUCACAGUGACCUUUCAUAAGGUGUCCAAAGUAAUCAACGUUCCCGCCAAAAUGAUCGAUCCAACAUCGAAAGAGCGAUUUAUUCAACGAACUUUACUCGAUCAAGUUUCUGGCCAAAUUCACCCGGGACAAGUCGUUGCGUUGAUGGGUCCAUCAGGUUGUGGUAAAACAACCCUGUUAAAUACACUUGCCGGUCGAGCAUUGAGUGGCGUCACUGGCGAUAUUUGGUUCAACAAGCAACGCUAUGAUAAAGCCAUGAAGCGUAAACUCGCUUAUGUUCUUCAGCAAGAUCUAUUUUUCGAAAUGUUAACUGUCAAACAACAAUUGACAUAUACGGCUCUGUUACGGUUACCAAAUAACCUAUCCAAACAAGAUAAAUUGGCCCAAGUUGAACAAAUUAUUGACCAAUUACGUAUUCGAAAAUGUGCCAAUACGCCAAUCAUGUUAGUAUCAGGUGGCGAAAAGAAACGUGUCAACAUUGGAACGGAAUUGUUAACAAAUCCCAGUGUUAUCUUUCUUGAUGAACCAACAUCCGGUUUGGAUAGUACAUCAGCCGUUGCUCUAGUAGAAGUGCUUCGUGAAUUAGCUAUGCAAGGCAAAACAAUCAUUACAUCGAUCCAUCAGCCAUCGUCACAAAUAUUUCAGUCGUUCGAUCAAUUGAUACUCUUAGCUGAUGGGAAAACGAUUUAUAUGGGUAAUCCGUCUAAUGCUCUCGCGUAUUUUGCUACAAUGGGACAUCAUUCUCCAGCACAAUACAAUCCAGCUGAUUAUGUUAUGGAUCUGGUGAAUCAAGAUAUGAGCAUUCGCGAAGAACUUAAACAAGCCUAUCUUAAAAAUCGAAUUGUAGCCGAUGGCAAAGCUAUAUCAUCACAAUCUUCGUCUGCCGCUCAGCAGUAUCUCUUUCCUGAACCAUCUGGUAAUGAAGCAGAUUUAACCAAUCCAGACAAUGUAAAUUUGAUUCCGACUAAAAAGGAAGGCAAAUGGCCACUGAGUUUUCUGCCUCAAAUGUUAAUUCUCUGCUCUCGGUCAUUUCGCUUAACUGGCAUGUCUCAACUGACAUUGCUUAAUACUAUGCAAGCUUUGGGUUUAGCUAUCGUCAGCGGCUUAUGUUGGUUACGAAUGGAUUUUAGCGAAGAUACACUCAGUGACCGUUCAUCAUAUAUUUUCUUCCUCAUGACAUUCUGGCCAUUGCAAACAUUAAUGGGUGGUCUCCUAUCGUUUCCAUUCGAACGAUCAGUUAUUGAAAAAGAACGUGCAAGUGGUUCAUAUCGUCUAUCAUCCUAUUUCAUAGCCAAAUCUCUAGCCGAAGGUCCAUUGAAACUUAUUUUGCCAACAUGCUUUCUUAUUAUCAGCUAUUGGAUGGCCAAUAUUAACCCAAACUUUGGUAUUUUUCUCGCCAUUCUCGUGUUUCAAUUGGUCGCUAUUCUUGUGGCUGAAUCUCUUGGUCUUCUACUUGGUGCAGCAUUAAAAAAUCUGCAUCAUGCAAUCACUGCUGCAACAGUCAUCCUACUCUCUCUUAUGUUGGUCGGUGGAUUUUUCGUCAAACAUCUUCCUCAUUGGUUAGGUGUCUGGGGUAAAUGGUUAUCAUUCUUUAAGUAUUCAUAUGAUGCCUGUUUACAACUACAGUUUAAAGGUGACCGAGUUUAUUCAUGUGUCGAUGGUUCAAUUAUUGCUUCAUGUCGAAAUAAUACUAGUGGGACGUUUUAUAGCAAAGAUGCACUCCAAUAUUUUGAUAUUGGAAUUGGCAUUGGUUGGAACUUUUUCGUGCUCAUUGGCAUGUUCUUUGCUUUCCGAACGCUGGCAUACCUGGCUUUACGUUUUAUCAACAAUCAUACCGGUCGUGCAUAA